AUGAAACAAGUAUCUAAAAUAUCUAAAAAACUAAAUCUAAAAUAUUUAAAGCAAAAUGUAACAAGAAAACAAAUAUCUAAAAAAAAAAUACCUGUGGGAGUCCGAGAAAGAAUUAUCCAAUUGAGGGAGUUAAAUUUUUCAACACGAGAAAUAGGGAUAAAAUUUGGUAUUGGGUCUUCAAUAGUAUCUAAAACUUCUAAAAGAGAAGAGGAAACAGGAGAGGUCAAAGAUCGAGAAAGAUCUGGACGUCCGCGAAUCCUAUCACCUGAUGAUGUAAAAGAUAUACUUGAUAUAUUAUCUUCAGAAAAAGGCUCAACAGCAGUUAAGAUCCACUCAAUGUAUGUGGCUAAAACGGGCAAAUAUAUUUCAGUAGAAACUAUACGAAAUAUACUAAAAAGAGAGUAUAUUAACUGGACUCCUGAUAAUUGGAAAAAGGUUAUCUUUUCUGACGAAAGCAAAUUUGUACUUUUUUGGUCUAAUUUUCGUAAAUUUUGCUGGAGAAAAAAGGGAGAUAAGUUAGAACGUGCUUAUGUUAAUCAGACCAAAAAAUUUGGAGGUGGAAGCAUAAUGGUUUGGAGUUGUAUAACUUCGCAUGGUGUUGGUGAGAUAUGCCGUAUCGAAACUCAUCUAGAUAAUGAAGCAGCAGAUACAAAAGACUGGAUUAAUCAAAGAAAUAUUAAUACUCUUAAGUGGCCUCCUUAUUCUCCUGAUUUGAGCCCAAUAGAAAAUGUUUGGAGUGAAGUAAAAAGAUGUCUAGAAGAGCGUCUAGAAGAGCAGCAGCAAGAACCAGCCAUGAAAAGUGAAAAGCUAAAUAAAUUGUGGAAAAUGGUAGAAGAAGAAUGGAAAAAAAUUGAUAUUAAUUAUAUUAUCAGUCUCUAUGAUUCUAUGCCCUGCAGAAUGGCUGCUGUGAUUGCAAAUGAUG